UAAACUGAAGAUGAAGGACAGCAACACAACUGCAGCCUGUGUGAUGCAGUGGGAUGGUGUGAGCUGUUGGCCGGCUGCUUCUGAAGGAGAGACCGUCUCUGUCAGCUGUCCUCUGCUGCUACUGAAGCCUCAAACUCCUCCAGUCUUCAUCACACGGAGCUGCACUGCUGCAGGCUGGAGUGAGCCGAGUGUGCCGUAUUAUAAAGCCUGUCUCUGUGAAGCUCCUGAGGAAGAUGAGGGCAUGAGGAAGGAGAAAAUCUACUUUGACACCCUGAAGACGAUCUACAGUGUUGGAUAUGGACUUUCUCUGGCUGCUCUCCUAAUCGCUGUGCUGCUCUUCUGCUGCUUCAGGAAGCUUCUCUGCCCACGUAACUACAUCCACCUGAACCUGUUCCUGACCUUCAUCCUCAGAAGCGUGGCCGUGUUCAUCAAAGAUUCAGUUUUAUUUGCAGACAAAAGCACAAACCACUGCACCUUGUCCACGGUCGGGUGUAAAGCCGCCAUGUCUCUCUUCCACUUCUGUGUUUUAUCAAACUUCUGCUGGCUGCUGGUCGAGGGUUUGUACCUGCAGACUCUCCUCAUCUUCACCUUUACUCAGACAACAAAGAUCUUCUGGAUCUACAUCUCUGUCGGCUGGGGCACUCCGUCACUGACCAUAGCGAUCUGGAUCCUCCUGAAAACUCAGUUUGACGAUGAGGGAUGUUGGGACGACCUCAGUAGCAGUUUGUGGUGGAUCAUCAAGAUUCCCAUCCUGCUCUCUAUCUUUAUAAACUUCAUGAUCUUCCUGAACAUCAGCAGGAUCAUCAUUCAGAAGACUAAGGCGUCACACAUGAACCAGAGUGAUACACACCUGUACAGGAGACUCGUCCACUCCACGCUGCUCCUCAUCCCUCUGUUCGGAGUUCACUACACGCUGUUUGCAAUGAUUCCUGAACACGUGGGAGUGAAGCUUCGACUCUUCUUUGAGUUGGUUUUAGGAUCCUUCCAGGGUCUGAUUGUUGCUCUGUUGUACUGCUUUCUUAAUGGAGAGGUCCAAAAAGAAAUCAGGAGCACAGUCAGAAGAUACUGGCCUGAGACAAAAACGACCAGCGUUCAUCUUCAAACCCAAGAAUAUCUCCACUAAAGACGAACCAAAGAAGACGUCAGAUCUAAUUGAUGAGAACUCCUGAUAGACUCUGAUUUUACUUUAUUCAAUGAAUCAAGAAGACUGUCAUCAGAAUAUCUCCUCAGCUUUCCUGUUUCUCUCUUUGUUAUGAUGUUUGUGAUCGUUAAUGAUAAUGCCUGAAAGUAAAAAUGUA